AAGACAAUCAGUGCGACAAUUAUUGUUUUAUGAAAUGCAGUUACAACGUUUUAUUGUUCUUCAGCAGGUGGAAGUGCUCAUAAAUGUUGGUUUCACGGCCACAACAGCCCUUUGUAAUUUAUUAUGAGAUUAAUCAAUCACAAAAACCCCUUAAAUUCAGGUAAGAUCGCAUAAAUAUACUGUUAUCGCGAUAGAAGUCAAAUCCCUUGAGACUUGAUCAAGAGACGCGGGAGUAUGAGUUUGUGUGACCUUUGAUAGAGCAAUUGGAAUCUUCUUGUGAUGAAUUUCUUAAAAAAAAAUUAGAAAAAUCUAAAAAUUUAUACAGGUGUAUGGCCUACAUUUCCUGCAAAGGUAUAUAAAGAAAUUUCAAAGCAAAUGGAAUAUUUUUGUGGAUGAAAAACAACACACACCGAUCGUGAUCUCAAAAUUGAAGAAAUAUAUUGAGAAGAUAUGAAAAUUGGUGUGUUGUUGUCAUUAAAAAGAAAGAAACAAAAAAAAACCACAAAAUUUCUUUACGGUGCGGAAUUAUCAUCAUAUCCGGAUCGUGUAAAGACUUAGUCAAAUAUAAGCUUUUAGUAGGAAAGAACGCAAAAAAAAUAAAACAAAUAGGUCUCCGAGUGUGGUCUUGUAAAAAAGAAUUAUAGGUGUAAAAUAAUUCGCAAAAUAGCACCAAUUUCGGUCUCUUCUCACAAAUUUAAUUCUAUAAAUUACCCCGCGCGCUCCAUUCAACAACUAUAUUGAGGAAGAUAGGAGUAACUGAUAAGGGAAAAGUGGUUCUUAUCGGGUGCGAGAGAAAACGACCAUCAAUGAAUUGAAAGAAGAAGAGAGGUAUGCUUUUGUCAGUUAUAAGGAGGUAUCAAGCGUCUCCAGACCUCAGUUCAUAUUUGGGAAUCUAGCCGAAUUUGCAAAACAAAUCUCACCGCGUGCAAAGUGAAUUAAAAAAUAAAAAAGAAGAAAAUAGAAGAAGAAAGAUGAAAGUCUGUGUUGUUGCUGUUUUUGCCAUCAUUGGGAUUUUGGAAGUUUCUGGCCAUGGAAUGCUCAUGAACCCGGUUAAUCGUGGAUCCCGGUGGCGUGUUGAUUCCUCCGCAACACCUGAUUACAACGACAAUGGAAAUUUUUGUGGAGGAUUCUAUGUUCAACACAGUUUGAAUGGAGGACAUUGCGGUCUAUGUGGGGAUGAUUACAGGAAUCCAACUCCUCGUGAACACGAGCAUGGUGGAAAAUAUGGUCAAGGAGUGAUUGUGGCAAGCUAUCAGAGAGGAGCAACAAUCCCUGUUUCCGUGCAGAUCACAGCCAAUCAUUUGGGCUACUUCUACUUCAACCUCUGCAAUCUUGACACCUACGGACGUGAAUCUGAGGCCUGCUUUGCGCAGUAUUCCCUCAAAACUUCAUCAGCAUCAAACAAAUACUACCUGAACUCCGCAGCAGUUGGAUUCUACAACUUCACAAUCACCCUCCCAGCGGGGGUCUCGUGCAAACACUGCGUCCUCCAGUGGACGUACAAUGUUGGCAACAAUUGGGGAUACUGCGAUGAUGGUUCCGGUGCCCUUGGAUGUGGACCACAGGAGAACUUCCGCACGUGCUCAGACAUUUCCAUCAAUUAGAUUUUCCACCACCUGCAACAAGACUGUGUGUGCCAAUUUCAUGUGUUCCUAUGCCCAGUAUUCACCAAUAAAAUAAUUGUACAUAUAAA